UCCCGUUGCCAAUGGUUUCGAGCGAGCUCGGCCGAAGCGCACACACAUACACAGACACGCGAGCGCGCGCGCCUCACUUUCGGGACAUCGCCAGACAUGGCGGCGGACCUCAGCCCGGAGUGGCUCUCGUGCCUCCCGUCUUCGUGGAGUUAUGGGGUGACCCGGGACGGACGGAUAUUCUUUAUCAACGAAGAAGCGAAGAGCACAACCUGGCUGCACCCGGUCACUGGCGAGGCCGUGCUCACCGGGCACCGCAAGACGGCAGAUUUGCCGACGGGAUGGGAGGAAGGAUUCACGUUCGAAGGAGCCCGCUGCUUCAUAAACCACAAUGAACGCAAGGUGACCUGCAAGCACCCAGUCUCUGGCUUACCAUCGCAAGACAACUGCAUCUUUGUGGUCAACGAGCACCUGAAUUGUGGGAAACUCAUUCAUCCCAUGUUAAACAGACCAGUCCAGAAGGUGCCAGCGCAUGAGAGGAAAGAGAGACCACUGAGCACCAUGAGUGAAGUGUCCAACUACACGGGUGGCUCGGACCACACCACCCACACAAGCAGCCCUGCUGGCAGGCCCUCAAGAUCCUCAAAAAAGGUGCACAACUUUGGAAAGAGGUCAAAUUCCAUCAAGAGGAACCCCAAUGCUCCAGUGGUCAAAAGUGGUUGGCUUUACAAGCAGGAUAGCACGGGGAUGAAGCUGUGGAAGAAGAGAUGGUUUGUGCUCUGCGACAUGUGCCUGUUCUAUUACCGAGAUGAAAAGGAAGAAGGAAUUCUGGGAAGUAUCCUCUUGCCAAGCUUUCAUAUAUCAAUGCUGUCUGUGGAGGACCACAUAAACAGGAAGUAUGCCUUCAAGGCCACGCACCCAAAUAUGCGGACAUACUACUUCUGCACAGACACGCCCAAAGAAAUGGAGUCCUGGAUGAAGGUGAUGACUGACGCAGCUCUGGUGCACUCGGAGCCUGUAAAGAGGCUGGAGAAGGUGAGGUUGGAGCAGCAGAGUACACAGGAGCCAAACAACAUGCUGAACCACCGGGUUCUGACUCUUCCAGAGCUCCAGAACAAUGAGCGGAAUCGUGAGGCCAGCCACCAGAAGGAGCUUAGACUAAAGGACAGCGAGCAGUACGGCUUCCCCAAAGACGGGGUUGAGCGGUCACUCACCAAAGUCAACAGCAUCAAGCUGCAGCCUGCUCAGUCAGCUGUCAUCCAGGAGGCUGUGGCAAUCUCACAGACGGCAGACAGUUCUGUCGCCGUCGCCACCCCUACAGAUGUCCCCAGUGCCCCUCCACCAACCUCUCAGUACAAGGCCCCACCACCCCAGGUGAAUGGAUCAGGGGAGCGCACUGUGGAGCACGACCUGGGGGAGACGUCUGAUGCUGUGCUCCAGGGGAACUCUGGAAAUGCCGCACCCCCUGCUCUUGAGGCUGAGCGCACUCUGAAAAGGACCAACUCCAUGCAACAGCUAGAGCACUGGAUGAGGACCCAGCGAGGACGGAGCCAGGAGGACGAUUCCCGGAGCAUCCUGUCCUACCAGACACUGCCCAGGAACAUGCCCAGUCACCGAGCACAAGUGGUGCCCCAGUACCCAGAGGGUUAUCGCACGCUGCCCCGCAACAGCAUGGCACGGCCCGACAGCAUCUGCAGCGUGUCGCCGUCGUUGUAUGAGCAUGCACUGGAGCCCCCUACAGCAGACAAACGGCGCUCCAUGCGCGAUGACACCAUGUGGCAGCUGUAUGAGUGGCAGCAGCGGCAGACUUACGGCCGGCAAGGAGCACACCCCACUGGACCCUACGGAACACUUCCAAGCCCCAGGACCAUGGUGAACCUGUCGGAGCAUGUAGCCCAUUCCAUCCCCCCUUCACCCUCCCAUGGCUCCCUGGCGCUUUAUCAAAGCUACUCGCCGCUGCGAUCCUAUAAUGCAGGCUCCCGCUCAGAGGUGUCCUCGCCAGUCUUCCGGGGGGACGUGACUGUUGAGCGGCGCCGCAGACCACACCCCAGCAAGUAUGCCUACCCACCUGAUCGCAGGUCCAUGCCAGCUGGGAUCCCCAUGCAGACAGUUACCCCGCAGUCCCUGCAAGGCAAGACACCAGAGGAGCUUACGUUGCUUUUAAUCAAGCUGCGGCGGCAGCAGGCGGAGCUCAACAGCCUGCGGGAGCACACUGUGGCACAGCUCAUGCAGCUGGGCCUUGAUGCCGCCAACCCGAAGACUGAGAUUCUUUCCCAUCAUCUCCAGAGGAACCUUGCCUACUUGGACAGCCAGAUGAAAGAAAAUGAGCCCUUAAUCGUCAUGAUUCACACUAUGAUUGAGAACUCGGCGCCUCGGCCACAACUGUACCAGCAAAUGUCACCUGAGGACUACAGAGAGAACUCCUACACCUACAGGACUGAGGAUUUUGACAUCGAUGCCAAGCUGAGCCGGCUGUGUGAGCAAGACAAGGUGGUGCAAGCACAAGAUGAGAAGCUGCAGCAGCUCCAUCGGGAGAAGCACACCCUCGAGACAGCCUUGCUGUCUGCCAGCCAGGAGAUCGAGUUAAGCGCAGACAAUCCGGCAGCCGUGCGGGGCGUGGUGCAGCAGAGGGAUGUGCUUCAGAGUGGCCUGCUCAGCACCUGCCGGGAGCUGACCCGUGUCACUGCUGAACUGGAACGGUCCUGGAGAACCUACGAUAAACUGGAGUCUGAAGUUGCACUGGCCAAACAGAACCUUCUGGAGCAGUUGGAGGCUCUGGGGAGCCCAAAGACGGAGCCCCCCACCCAGAAGCACGUGCAGAUACAGAAAGAGCUGUGGAGGAUUCAGGACGUCACAGAGGCUCUGAGCAAGAACAAGCCCCAGAGAAGCACUGAGAGCACAGGUUUCUUGAACUCCAGACCAAUUUCAAAUAUAUACAAGAGUGAGGAAGAGGACCUGGUGCCCCCGCGGCCCCCUCUCCCGCAGUCGUACAGCAUCAGCGAGCGGGCCCCUCCACUACCCCCAUUGCCCUCCUCUGGCGUCCAACUGCACACGACUCGCCAGCCGCUACAUCGGCUGGAAGAGCGCAAGGCCAGCCAGAGGAACGGCACGCACAGCGGGCCAGACUACCGUCUUUACAAGAGCGAACCUGAGCUGACAACAGUUGCCGAGGUUGACGAGAACAAUGGAGAAGACCGGUCCGAACAGACCGCGGAGAAAGACCCGUCCAUUAAAGGAAUGUCCUACCCUGUCGGGAUUGUGCCCCCAAGAACAAAGUCCCCUAUGCCAGAAUCUUCUACCAUUGCAUCUUAUGUCACCCUAAGGAAAAGCAAGAAGCCUGACACUAAAACUGACCGUCCCCGAAGCGCAGUGGAGCAGCUCUGUGUGCCAGACUCGGCCCGCCCGCGAAUGAGCCUGGAGGAGCAGCUGGAGCGGAUCAAGAGACACCAGAAUGCUUCUCUGAAGGACAAAAGGAAAAGCCUGAACAUCCUGAGCCAGGAGAAUUCACCUUCCCGCAACUCCUCCUUCUCCAAGGAGAACACCUUCCGCUCCUUGCAGCAGAGCCGCAAGAGAGAGGAAACAGUUUCUGGAGAUAUCCAGAUGCUGGAGGCCUCUCUGCGGGAGCAGGAGCUGCUAAAGGAGCAGGAGACGCCGGCCGAGGAGAUCGCCCGCCUCAAGGAGGCCGUGCAGAUGAAGCAUUUAGACAUGGACCAAGAGCUAGCAAAACCGACCAAGGUGCACAUACCGGAGCGCUACGUGGAGGCAGAGCCAGAAGAGGUCCUUAGCCCGGAGGAGGAGGCUGACAAGCAGAAGAAGGUGAAUCGCAUUAAAACCCUCAUUGCCAAAAACAGCGUACAAAACAUGGUGUCAACAGUGUCCUUGAAGACAGAGCAUGGAGCCGACGAGGAAGCCGUGGCACAGGAAAAAAUCAUCAACAUCUCCUACGAGCUGGCAGCUGAGGCAUCUCGGCGAAGCAAACUGGUGGCAGUGAAAAGCCUGUCUUCACCACCCCAGUCCCCAACCUCCUCAUGCCCAGAGCCUCACCCCCAGCUCGCUGAUGGAUCCCACUUCAUCACAGGCAGUGACCUCGGUUAAGACCUACAUGUGAAGCGGAGGUGUAGCGGGGGUACAGCUGUUCUGCUGAAUACCUCCCCGUCGGACAACUGGCAAAGACUGUCGAUAAAUGCAGCCUAAGACUCGCCCCCACCACGGGCCCAAGUCCCACCGUAUAGACACAUCAGACUGCCUACCAUCACCGCAACACCGAGAAUCAAAAUAAAUCAAAAAGACACGAUGCCUUUUAUUGUUAUUACUGUCAAUAUUACUGGAUCAUCUUUUAUUUCUGGGUUCCUGGGUUCUCUUGACCCAAAUACCGCUAUAAGAAAUUAAGGUGAUAUUCAGAGGGUGUAGAAUGAUACUUUGCCACAGAGACAUCACAUUAUCACUGAGUUUGGUCAAAGUCCACAUACAUACCCACAUGAUGCCAAUUUUCAUUUACACAUUCAGGAAAACAUUCUUUUUUAAAUUUUUUUUUAUUACAGCUUAUUUUAGUCCUGUUGAUAGUGAUUUUUAAAUCCAUUCUCUUGUUUUUUCCACUUUUUUUUUUCUAAUUAAGUGUAUAUCACACAUACGUGUGUGUGUGUGUGUGUGUGUGUCUUACCAUGUAGUGAUAUACAUGGCUGACCUCUUUUUCAGAAAGGUGUUAACUUUGUUGCUACAGAUGACAGAUCUGUAAUAUUUUCUGGGGUUGUAAUUACUUAUUCUAUGGUGCCACAUAGCUGCAGACAUACUCUCAAAUGUCCUGGCUUUAAAUCUGCUUUAUUUUGUUUUACAUAACUGAGAAAUGUUUUAAAACAGAGUUUUCAGGUUUGGAACUGUUAUCUGGAUUGUUCUGUAUUUAAAGAAGAGUAUAGCACAUGCUCAGAAAAUAAAGCAAUAAGCAAGUUUUAUUAAUUCAGGACUGUGGUUUUGUGUAUAAAAUGUAAUUAAAAGUUCAUUGGUGUAUAUACUGUAUACCAUACAAUGAGCAGAGCUGAUGUAACUAUAAGAUGCUACUUAUUAGAGUU